CACACCCGUGCAUCACCAGUCACUGACAGUGCGAAGACGUUAAAGAAGCCAGUGUCAGUUACCAUGAGCCACAGGAAAGAUAACCAAUCAUACCUCACAACAUUUGAUGUUGUUGUCCUCGGCACAGGCGCAGUGGCUAUCUUUGUUUACAUUGUUUGGAGAUGCAGGAAACGCAUCAUAGAGGCUCUAGCAGAUGCGGUUCAGUUGCUGAACAACUCUGGCGAAGAACUAACGGAGGCGACGCAUUUAAUGUCCUCGAAGCUAAAAAGCCAAAUGAACAACACCAACCAAGGAAACCCACCCAGAACAUCCACCAUGGGUCAAAGAAACCCACCCAGAACAUCCACCAUGGGUCAAGGAAACCCACCCAGAACACUCACCAUGGGCCAAGGGAGCCCACCAAGAACACACACCAGAAGUCAAAGGAAUGUAUUGAGAACGUAUAUCAAUGGCCGCUGGAGUCCACCGAAAAUCCAGACUAGAGGCGCAAGACAUCCCCCAAGACCCCACUCAAUGGGCCAAAGGAGCGCCUUCAAAACCCACACCAUAUCAGUUGUUGUUGAAAACGUAAACGUGAAGCGUGAAGACAGCGCAGUGACUAUUGUGGAGGAAAAUGUGAUGCACCAUAAAUGUGAAUACGAGAGGUCCUCGCGGCCAGUCUGCUCCUCUACCUCACACCAGGAAGACGCUGCCAUUAUUGUCGAAGAACUUUUGGAAUAA